CAAUCUUCAAUCUCAAAUCCCAAUCCACACAUUGCGUUAGGGUUUCAACUUUCUCACACUUCAAUUUCUCUCUUCAUCGAUGCAACACAAUUCCUUCACAAUUUCACUCUAAAGCUGUUUUUCUCAUCGGAAUUCAACCUCAACUUAAACGAUGUUGCAGUUUCAGCCACAAGGAACUUCUAAACAAACUUGUACUCUUCUUGCUGUUACCUCUGAAACACGUUCUGUUGAACAAAAGCAGUUACAGAAUCAGCACAAGUAUCCUAUCCCUGAGUUGGUUUCUUCGGGGCGUCUCGAGGUUCAAACUCUUUGCAAUCCGGAAAAGGAACAGUUUCGUAAAGUUCUUGAAUCGUGUAAGCCAAAUUUUGUUUACUUUCAAGGGGAGCAGUUACUGGAUGAGGAAGUUGGUUCCCUGGUUUGGAAAGGUGUGGAAUUAUCCAACCCUGAAGAGAUAUCAGAGCUCUUCGAUACCACAUUACCGACGGCUGUAUAUUUAGAAAUCCCAAAUGGAGAAAGUUUUGCAGAGGCCCUUCAUCUUAAGGGAAUCCCAUAUGUUGUAUUUUGGAAAAAUGCCUUUUCUCAAUAUGCUGCCUGCCAUUUCCAUCAAGCAUUAUUUUCAGUGGUGCAGAGUUCAUCUACACACACAUGGGAUGCUUUCCACCUUGCACGUGCCUCUUUCCAACCUUACUGUGUUCAAAAUAAUCAAGUACUUCUACCUUCAAUUUCAAGCUUGGACGAGGGCAAGUUAUUAAAGGAUGGGGUGGGCGUAUGAAAACCAUGAAAAAAAGGUGAAAAGGCCCUUUUCACCAUUCCACCCGAGUUAGCUUGUGAUAAAUCUGGUUAUCCUCCUAAUGCCAUCCGAGUUAGCUUGUGCAGGGUUGACGAAAGUUACAAUUUCAAAAGAGUAAUUGAUUAUUCACUCAUGAAAAAUUAAAUGUUUAUCUUUAAGCCCUCCAAUAUCAAUAUAUCUAAGGUCCCGUAAAUACAUAUCCGGUAAUUAUCUACCGGCCGUUUUUUUUUUUUUUUAAUGUACAUCUAGUAGAUAAUUAUUAGAUAUGUAUUUAGGUGGUCUCUCCUUCAAAAAGAAUGUAUUUAGGGGGUUUUAAAGAUAUUGAGGCACUUAAAGAGAAACGACUUUAAAAACAAGUAGGUAAAUAAGGGAAAUUUUAUCCUAUAUUCUUACAUACGUACUUUCACCCAACAAAUUCUCAAAAAGUCUAAUUUUGCCCUCUUUGGAUUUAACCUUUUCAAUUCGGUACGAGUUCACCCUACAUGGAAAUUUAUUCAAUAUGAGAUCACCCUCCAACUUUAACAAUUCCAAUUUGUAUUUUUUUGUUUGUUUGAAAACUAGUAUCAAACGGUUCCAAAUUCAAUCAAAUCUUCGGAACACUCCAUGCAUGUUUCCAGAAGCUAUAACGGAAAGCUCUUUAAAUCCUUUUCGAUGGCAUGUGAAUAUUGGAAAAC